UAAAAUAUCGAAUGACAGAUUGUUUAGAUAGUUGUCACAAACUCUUCUUGUAGUAUUAUUAGUCACAGUUUCAGUAAAGGGUACCAGCAGAGAGUCAGACCGAGCGGAACCGGACACAACUCUGUCUGUCUGCUUCCGGUCAGACAGAUCGGGUCCAGACAGUAAACCCCAACAUGGCGUCCGCCGGUCCACCCGACACGGGCUCGUCUGCCCCUCCAGGGUCCAGCGAAGUUCGAAAGAUGACCAUGACGGAGGGGCCGGGAUCAUCUCAGAGUAUGAAGAAGACCAUCGGUCACCGAGGAGUUGACCCCAAAGGAGAAACAACUUACAAAAAGACGACCUCAUCUGCCCUCAAAGGAGCCAUCCAGCUGGGCAUUACACACACUGUGGGCAGCCUCAGUCAGAAAGCAGAGAGAGAUGUUCUCAUGCAGGACUUCUAUGUAGUAGAGAGCAUCUUCUUCCCCAGUGAAGGAAGUAAUUUGACCCCAGCGCAUCACCACGGUGACUUCAGGUUUAAGACAUACGCCCCCAUCGCCUUCCGAUAUUUCAGAGAGCUCUUUGGCAUUCGACCUGACGAUUAUCUGUACUCUCUGUGUAACGAUCCUUUGAUCGAACUGUCCAACCCUGGAGCGAGUGGAUCCAUAUUUUAUGUGACAAGCGAUGAUGAGUUUAUUAUUAAAACAGUGCAGCACAAAGAGGCAGAGUUCCUGCAGAAGCUACUGCCCGGGUACUUCAUGAAUCUGAAUCAGAACAAGAGAACGCUGCUCCCGAAGUUUUACGGCUUGUAUUGCGUGCAGUCGGGUGGAAAGAACAUCCGUAUCGUUGUAAUGAAUAACCUGUUGCCCUGCAGUGUGCCUAUGCACCUCAAAUACGACCUGAAGGGCUCCACCUGCAAGCGGCGUGCCUCCCCUAAAGAGAGAGAGAAGAGGGUCCCCACUUUCAAAGAUCUGGAUUUCAUCCAGGAUAUGCCCGAGGGCAUCCAGCUAGAACCAGACAACUACAACGCCCUCUCCAAAACCAUCCAGCGGGACUGUUUGCUGCUGCAGAGCUUUAAGAUUAUGGACUACAGUCUGUUGGUGGGGAUUCAUAACGCAGAUCAGGCAUGUCGUGAGCGAGCAGGGAUAGUAGAGGGUGGGGGGUCCGAGGGGGCCGUGACACCAGACCACCGGAGGCCACAGGCUCAGAAAGCUCUCUACAGCACCGCUAUGGAGUCCAUACAGGGAGAGGCCAAAGGAAAAGGAGCCCUGGAAACAGAAGACCAAUUGGGAGGAAUCCCUGCACGCAACAGUAAAGGAGAGAGAAUACUUGUUUAUAUUGGGAUCAUCGACAUAUUACAGUCAUACAGAUUUAUAAAAAAAAUUGAGCAUUCCUGGAAGGCCUUGGUUCACGAUGGGGACACAGUCUCUGUACAUCGGCCUGGAUUCUACGCUGAGCGAUUCCAGCAUUUUAUGUGCAAUACAGUAUUUAAGAAAGCAUUAAAAUCAUCUCCCUCAAAGAAGAGUCGUAGUGGCUGUUCGAGUGUUGUGAGACGGCUUCCGAUGGGAAGCUCUGCUUCUGCUUCUGGUGGACAGACAGUCGCUGAUGCCAGACUGGUGUACCGUACUCACCUUAACCAGUCCGAAACAGAAGGAGAAAGUGGCAUGCAGUCGGACAGACCGGACCUGCUUUCACAAACCGAUCCUUUGGCUGGAAGCUCCAGUGAGUUUGCUGCAACUAAUCUGACCAGCGCCUUACCUGGCAGCACAGGAAGGACAUCAUCUUCCCCUCCUCAAAGGUCGGUAGGGGUGGAGGUGCACAAAUCUGCAGUCACUGAGCCUGACAACAGCGCCCCUCUCAGCACUGAAGCCGAAUGCUUAGAUGAGCAGUUAAGAAACGAAGACGCUGUUUCUCUCGAAGACAUCAUCCCAGAAACGGACAUUUGUUUUUAAGAGCAGAGCAUUUAAACAAGAGAUGGACGCAGAACCUCAGAAGAGAUGAGGGGCGCUUCUGAGCGCUGGUAUGAUGGGGGUUUUCGGAAAGAACUCCAGGGCCUCAGCACAAUGAAAUAUGUUUUAAAAGUGAGUGAGAGACUGAAAGAAUGAAGGAAAGCCACUGAGCGAAGAGUUUUAGUGGUUCUUUCUCUUUCUCUUGCACAGGAAAUGCUGCUAAAACCAAUUUUCACAACAAAAUUCUUCAAAAAGUGAUGUUAGUAUCUCAGUCGCACUCUUUGUUCGCUCUUAAACACUUCAAACAGAGCAAGCAGGAUGCACAAACUCUUUAGUUUUCUCUUCCUAGCAAGUGCUGGGAGGAAAAAACAUGUUACACAGUUGGCACCAGUUUAUAGUAUCGUUGGAGGCUAUGUUGCAUAAAUCUCUAUUAGCAUAGAUUUUUAUUUAUAUAGGCCUUUAAACCUUUUGGUUCUCUCUGAACUGGUGUGAGUCGGACUAAUGGCUGCUAGCGCUCCAGUACACUUAUCUCAAAUGGCACUAUGCUGUGACGGAGUGUGUGUCAGAGAUAAGCAGACAACUUCUAUUUCUCAGUGGCUUCUGUAUAUACAUAUAUGAAGGUUCAUUUUUAUUUUUUUUUGAUCUGAUGAGAGCAUCUCAUUGGUGAGUUUUCCAGCUCUUUCUGUGUUGAAGACAGCAUGCGCCCUAAGAGCAACAACAAUACAGGGGGGAAAAUGACCAAAUAGGAUUUCCACUUUGUAAAAAGUUAAUGCAUUUGAAUGUUACAGAAAAAAUCGCGUUGUAUUUUCGAACUAUUCCACAUUCAGGCUUAGUAUUUCAUGGUUAGUUGCUUUACGAUUGCCUUCUUUGAGGUGCCACUAAGUAGAUUUUAGAUUUUUCUCUCAUUUAAUUCAGAUGCUUGGUUUGCCUUUGAAUCUCUAUGCAUCUGUCACUUGAAUUUAGUUUCCUGCUCCUCCAUACUGGACCAAUCAGCUCUCAAGGACCUGCUUGCAUGCCAUAUUCUCUCUUUUCACUGCGCAUAUUGCUGCCAUGCCAAGGGUCCCCUAAUAUUUGUGUGCUGUGUUUGUGUAUAUAGUUCUGUAAAUAUUCAUUCUGUGUUCCUGUACAUUUUAAAAUGCUACUAAUGUGCUCUUGUGGCACAGCAGCUGUGUCUUUUAACUAACAUAUUAACGAGUAGUCUGACAGAAUGAUUGAUGUUCCAUGACGUCUUCCAAUCAUCUGCCUUAAUGCAAAUAUUGAGAGCAACGCGUUGGUAUAAAAACUGGAUGCAGAAAUUAUAUGGCCUCCAAACACUUGGACCAACAUCUAAAUGCUUAUGAAAAAUCAUUUCGGAUCUACAGAUGAUUUUGUUACACAAUGCAUGUUUUUUUUUUUUUUUUUACUCCAAAAAACCUAAGCAUUUUCAGAUAUAGUGUUUAGACAAGACUGAAGUGAUUUGAAUUUAAGUAAUAUAAACUGAAUUUAUAUUCUUCUAGCUGUUUGUACUGUCGAUAAAUGCAAAAUCUUAAGGUCAGUCAUUGCUGAUUUCCAAAUGACAGUAUGUAAAUCCUUUAUAACCAUGUAAAUGUUCUUUAAUACAGUUGUACUUUUAAACUCACCCUCAGAUUAAAUACUCUAAGUGAAGAAAGAAAGACACUAAUGGGCUUUACCAGGGCACACGUGAACACUUUAGUUUAUAGAGGAGCUGGAAAGAAAACCUGAAGAGCCUUCGGCUCAAUAAAAGCUCUCAAAGAAGCUGCCUUUCUUUUAUCACUUCCAUUUAGCCCAUAGCAUUUAACAGAGGAAAUGGGGUUUAAUGGAUCUAUCAUUUGACAGGCAUUACUUACAGUUUCUCUUUGGCCGUUACUCAAAGAAUAGUCUGAGCCGAUGCUUCGGUUACACACAGAUCUAAGACUGAUAUUGCAGUCUUGAAGUAUUUAGAUAAAGGGCUGACUGUAGUCUUGAACAGUAGUCUGUGAACUGCAUCAUGGACAUUUGAGACCGAUGUAAUCUUUUGCAGACCUAAAGAAAAUGCAGAUAGAAUAUGCAAAGGAAGUACAUUGUCAGUCUUUCACAAGACUGUAUUGAAGAACUUUUCUUUACAGCUUCACAGUGGAUGCAGUAUUUAUGCAUAAUCAAGGUGUUUUUUAUAUUUUCAAAAUUUUUGUUAAAAAUCAAAUUGGUAAAAAUGUGCACCUGUGGACAGAAGUCCUAGGGUUUGGGUUAAUGGGUAUUGUGAAGUAAAUUGUAUUUUGCCUUGCUCUUUUGGUUUGAAGCAUUUCAGCGACUUCAAGUCUUUGUCAGAUGUUACACAUUAAAUCAAGUUACAGAACAUUUUGAUAAUGCACCUUAAUGCUGCACAAAGUUUAAUCUAGAAAAAAAAGUAUCUACCCAACAGCAAGCUCAUAUCACUUAAAAACUAGAUCUAAAAUUACAGUUUGUAAUUUGAAAGUAGAUAGGGGUUAAAGCAUUUGUAUCAAUGUCUGUUUUGGCGCUGAAUUUAAAAUCAAAUAUGUGCAGUUUGCUAUUUUACUGGCUUUAUUUUUUGGGUUAUGCUGCAGAUUUUAUACACUAUUUCUAAACUUGAACAAUUUGUGAUCAUUUGUGAAUGUCAGAAAAUACCUAUGAUAACAUUUAACUCCAGAGAGCUAUAGUACAGUAUGAUUUACAUUGCCCUGAUUAAAAUUUUUACGUGUUAUAGUCAAUUUUUAUCCCAUCUCUGUUCAAAGUUACUGGGUCUAUAAUGAUGUUACUGUUAUAAAACCUUGCACACAAUGUUCAUAUUCAUUUCACUCUUCCGUGUGGUGCUUUUUAUCUGCUCUGUGUAAUGGACCUUUUAGAUUGGAGCUUCUAAAAUGUAUAACCCAAAAACUGAUCUUUGAUCGGCUCUCAGUGGCUUAGUUUCACAGUUGGCUUGGGGUAUUUUCUCUAAAGGUUAUCUAGUUUCCUUUUUUUCUCUUCACAAUUUCGGCUUCACUCUCAUUUCUGCUUCCGUGGGGUUAUUAUUUAUUAAUUUGUGUUUAUGGACUCAAGACACAGCAAUCACUGCCUUCCUCUGACCAUUAUUAUGGGUAAGAAUGAUUUUCAGCUCCUCUAAACCACACUAAGACAUCUUAACAUCUUGACUUUAACAUCCCAAAAGUGGAUCUUUUGGUCUGGAAAUAAUACAAAUGUUAUAAAUAUGAAAAUUAUAUUGUGAAUGCAAUGUGAGCAGUCAAAUAGAGACAGCUGUUUUUCAUAUGCUUUGUCCAGUGUUUGUAUUAAUACAGUGAGACAGAUAUUUGCACAACAGACACGUUAGUUGUGCACAGUGCACACCGGAUUAAAUGCUGGCAACGUAGUAGACACUAAACAGACAACCAACCUACUGCAAUAUGAACAUUUCUGCCAAUGUAUUUCAGUUAUUGUAUUUAUUCAGAAAUGUCUUUCUCUCCUCUUCUUUUUUACUUUGUGGACCUGUAUGGAUUUUGAAUUCUCUCUAUGUACCGUAGAUGAUUGUAUGUAUUAUGUAAUCUGGCAGAUAAAGCAUUUUUGUAUUUUAUGUGUUUAGGGUAUGUCCAUGAUAAAUAUUCAAUAUAAAUCUGUGAAAGCUGUUCCUCGGCUUUUCUACAUGUGAAUGUCUGGCGGUGUCAGAAACAAUGACUGACAACCGUAAGUGCUUCGAGGUCUAUAUUUUUACCUGGCCUGUAAAAAACGUGUAUAUAAUAUGUAUAUGAGUCACGGAAAUGCCUUUUUCUUGUGUGGUGUUUGCAGCCUGUUUCUCCUACCAUCUUUCAGUGAUGUGGUGACGUUGUUUUUUCUCAUUGUCUUUCUGAUUUAAAAAUAAAAAAAUAUUUUCCAAACCA